AUGGGCCCUCCUCCAUUUCGCGCAGACCAGAUUGGCUCGCUUCUUCGGCCAGAUGCACUGGUUCAGGCGCGGAAGAACCUACAUUUAGGGCAAGGUCGACUGCGAGCUGGGCCACAGGGCGGAAACGAACAGCAUGCCGAGUCUGACGCUGCCAAUGAAGGAGAUGUGUCGUCGGGCGCCACUCUCGUCCAGUCGGUGAAGACGGAGCAGGACCGUGCGAUCAAGGAGGUUGUCCAGGAGCAACUGAACCGAAAGAUUCUGCCAGUUGUGACCGGCGAGUACGAGCGCACGAUUUUCUAUGACAAGUUCUUCGAAGCCCUUACCGGGUUUGAGCUGAGAUAUACGCCGCUGGAGGAGUUCAAGUUGGAUUUCCCUACGAAUCGGCCGCUGUUGAAAUGGGGCGUCCCGGGAAGGGAUGCUGGGUACCCGACCGGGUCAAAGGUCUCCCUGGACAAGAGUGCGUACCUUGACGACUGGCUUUUUCUGAGGAGCCUGCUGCCGGAGAGUCAGUGGAAGAAUGCGAAGAUGACGAUUCCUCCGCCAGGCUGGUGGCAUAUACAAUUGAAAACCCCAUACAGCAAGGAACUGUACGCGACAGAUGAAGCAUUACUGGCAGACUUGAGUGCUGCUGUCAGAAAGGAAAUCUUGACGCUUUACAAGCAUGGUUUGCGUGUCAUCCAGGUCGAUGAUCCGAAUCUGUCAUUUUUCUGCGACGAGGCCUGGAUAAAAACUUGCAAGUCUGAGGGUGUUGAUCUCGAAAGACUUCUGGAACUCUAUGUCAAAUCACACAACGACGCUCUCAUAGACUUACCGCCGGACCUCCACGUUGGUCUUCAUAUCUGUCGAGGUAAUUUUCCGAACGGGGUUGGUCUGGCUAGUGGAAGCUACGAACGCAUUGCGAGGAAGCUGUUUCUUGAAACAAGCUAUAAACUGUUUUAUCUUGAGUUCGACAGUCCUCGUGCGGGAGACUUUACGCCUCUGAAGCAUUUCCCGGCUGACAAAGCCGUUGUGCUCGGCGUGGUAACCAGCAAAUUCUCAGAUAUGGAAAAGCUGGACGACCUCAAAGCGAAAGUGUAUCAGGCGGCUGACGUUAUUGCUGAAGGGCAGGGUCGGACACGUGCAGAUACACUUCGUGACAACAUUGCAGUUUCUACUCAGUGUGGUUUCGCCAGUGAUCAUUCUGAAGGUGGCGUCGGAAUGACCAGGGACCGAAUGUGGGAGAAGCUGGAAUUGGUUAAGGCGUUGUCUGAGGCUAUUUGGCCUCGGUGGAAUGAGUAA